GCGUUCUUAUGAAAACUGGGAGUAACGACAUGACUGGCGGCAUUUUUCCUAAAGUCGCCAACGCGUGGACACACGCAGAAAAUAAAACCGUCUGUGUGAUAUCUGAACACAGUGCCAUACAGACAGAACGGUGCAGAGUGCACCCAGAGUCCAGCAGAGUGCAGAAGGCACUGGAAAAAAUCAAAUCAGUGAAGUUGGUUCAGAGUGAAGGACACACCGAACUCAGAAAACAUGGCUUGUACAUCACAGUCUGCCAAAGAUUAUGUAAAGACUGCCAGAGUCCAUCUUGUGAGAGAAUUGAAGAAUCUGUCUGUGAUUGUGCAGAAUUUGAAUCAGAAAGGGGUUCUUGGUGAGGAAGAGGUCAGCUUAAUACAGACAGAGAAAACUGAUGAAAACAAAAGAAGAAUGAUACUGGACUCAGUCAUUAAAAAAGGCGAAGAAGCCUGCUAUGAGUUACUCAAGAUUAUAGACAUGACGAGGAAGAGGACUUUAGGGAGGCUUCCUUUUCUUUCUGAGAAAACGAAUGAAACUUCCAGAGAGACCAAGUUUGACCUGCACCACUGGAUCAGCUGCUUUUCUUUCAAGGAAGAACCACAAAUGGACAGGAACUACUUACAAGGACCGAGGCCAUGCCACAGAUAUCAGGAAAAGUUAAAAUUAAAAGUAAAGAAAUUAUUGAAUGACUUUUGGGCAUCAAGUAAAAACCUGUUUGAAGAAAACAAGAAGCCAGAUCUGUUGUACAUUUCUCUUAUAUUAGACACACAGAGCAAUGCUUCUCCAACUAAAAUAAAGAAACUGAAGAAAAAGAAAAGCAAGCUGAGUCGCCCUAAAAAGCUAAGGACAUACAUCCCUGAAGAGAAACCAGACAUUUCUCCCAGUGAACUGUUGAAAACAGAUAAAAACAUACUCUUGGUUGGAAAACCUGGUAUUGGAAAGACAGCACUGACUCAUGAAAUGCUGAGACUCUGGGCAGAAAGAGAAAGUGGUGAGCUUGAUUACAUGUUUUACUUUGACAUGAGGGAAAAAGCACACAUCAUGAAUGUUAAAAACUUGGAGGAUCUGCUUUUCACUGUGUUCAGUGAACCAGAUGAAGGCAAAGAUGCGGUCUUACAGGAUAUAAAGAGACACUCUGAUAACGUUACAAUCAUUUUUGAUGGACUCACAGAUAUCUCUUCAUCAGUGGUGGAGAAACUUCUGAACAAAGACCUACUGCCGCUCGCAAAGAUCAUCAUAACAUGCAGACCAGAUGAUGAGGAUGAAGACUUGUUUUCUGGGGACUUUGACAGAGUGGAGGUGAAAGGCUUUAGUGAGCAGACUAUAAAAACAUACUUAUCUGCAACACUCGGUGAAGAUCAGAAGAAAGUUUUGAGUAACUUGGAACUGAUAACUCUUUGUCAUGUCCCCAUGUAUGCACUGAUGGUGGCUGCUUGCUUUUCAUCAAAAGAUGCUCCACAGCCAUGUACAAUAACUGAGAUCUACAUCAAUAUUGUUCGAUUCUGCCUUCAGAUAAACAGCAAAACAAAGAAAAAAGAUCUAAAUUCCUUCAUCAGCACCAAGACAGAAGAAAUUCUGUCUCUGGCUGAAGUUGCUUUUCUUGCAACUCAACAAAAAACUGUGAAUCUGACAGACCUGACCUGUAAAGACAUCUGUGUCCUGUCCUUCCUGAAACCACUUCUCAUUAAGGAGGCCGUGACUGAAACAAUAACCACAUAUGCAUUCCUCCAUUACACAGUACAGGAGUUUUUUGCAGCACUGUGGCUCCUGAAGAAUCCUGAUAAAGUCAGAGAUGUUUUUCAGCAGUGCCUCACAGAGGAGAAGAAACACAUGAAACAUCUGAUCCCCUUCAUGUGUCGAUCUGUUGAAUGAGAAGAGCCCAAGUUUGAUGAAGCAUCUGAUUCCAGAUCAGGACCUGAAGAAUACAUCUAACUGGUUCUUCAAGGAGCUGAUUAACACAUUUCUUCCUCAUCUGUGUGAGCAAGAAGAGGCUGAUACUGAGGACAGUGGGCUCCAUGUCCACAUACUGUUCGUAUGCCAGUGCUUGUAUGAGUCCCAGAGUCCUGAAGCAUGCGUCUACCUUCUAGACAAACUGGACUACCAUCUUGACCUCAGUGGAGACAGUCUGGAUCCUUACCCUUGCUGUGCUGUGGCCUUUGUGGUCACUCAGUCAAAGGAAAGGAAAAUAAGGCUGAACCUCGAGGACGUGAUCAUAUCAGAACAAGGAAUGAGACAGCUGUUUGGAUGCCUUGAAAAUGUUGAGUGGUAUAACCUUCUGCCUCAACAGCUUUGGAAAGCUUUCCUUCUCAGCGAAGAGCAGAUGGACUUCGUAACCUUACUUAGUUUUGAUGGAAAUCAUUUACACCUUCCAACUCAAGGUGAAAAGCAGCUGUUUGAAAGAGCUGUGGAAGUCAUGCAGUGGAUGUCUACAAAGGUUAAUGUCUGCCUCUACUGGGACAGAGAAACUCCUGCCUGCCAGAGUCUGUGUGAGUCUCUGUUAGAGGCUUUGCCAUUCAUCAGCUCACUCAGCUUCAGAUGUCCAGUUUUUUGGAGCCAUGAGAAAUACCAUGGGACACUGGAGAAGGAGCAGGAGAAUCUGUUCAUGGAUUUAUGCCUGAAAGCAGCACUUAAUAACGGAGCAAAGUUUUACAACGUUGCGAAGAAGCUUCUUUCAUUGUUUCUUGUUAAAGCUGAUCUGGUCCAUAAAUCUCUCAGAGAGAAAGACCUCCAGCCUCCUGGAAGUGCUGAAACUCCAACCAGAGAAGAAACAAGUGAAGCUGACAGGCUGCUCACAUGA